AUGGAUCCGCAGGAAGAGUCAUCUUCAGCAGCAGUUCGUCGCGAGCUUGCCCUUUAUCCUCGCGGAGACCCUGAUCCCGAACCCAAAUCCGAUGCGAUUGCCGAAUCAAUACCACCACCAUGCUACAAGACUCGCCCAACGAGCAAAGUUUGCAAGAUGCAUGAGGUUUACUUCUCAUCGCAGUAUACGCGGCCUGCUACGGAACUCCUGAUCGAGGUGCUGGAGCGAUACCCAGCCCAGGAAACGACAGAACACGUCGAGGAGCAGCCUCUUGUGGGUGGCGAGCAAGUUGGGCAGAGGUGUGGUUGGGUGGUCACGAUGAUGAAAUAUUUUGGACGAGCAUGGCACAGUCGACUUGGUUURUCAGACCGGGAUGGAGCAAGACUUGAUGAGAGUAGAGAGGAAGCUGCAUCUUCGUCACCCUCGUUAUUUUAG